GAGGCUCCGGAAGCCAGGGCCCCGGCUGUGGGAAGAGGUGAGAACCCGCUGGCUUCCGGGCGGUGAGGUGCGGGCCGAGGACCGGGGGCGCCGGGCCGGCCGACAGGGGCGCGCGGGGCGGGAGCUCCGCUGCGCUCCCAGGCUGCGGGCCUUCUCCGCAGCCCCUCAAGCCCCCGCCCCAGCCUGUCCGUGGGCUUGUCUUCUCCUCCGUCGUCGGCCCCGGGCAGCUGGAGACCCACGGACUCCGAGGACCCCGGAGGAGCCGCGUCUGCCAGGGGAGCCGCUCGUACGGAGACGUCCCAUCCUAGUGCGACCCCGCCGAGUCUCAGGACUGUGUUUUGGGAUCUUAUUGAUGAUUCUGUGUCUCUGAGGCGGCUUCUGCAUGCUACCCAGCUGUCCAUAGAUGCAUCUCCUGCAUUUUACUUCCUCCACUUACCAGUCCCCGUCACCCGCUGUGGCUCCUAGAUUGUCUUCCACUUCCACAGCCCACAGUGCUGGAGGCUGAGGCCACCAUGGAGCAGUGUGCGAGCGUGGAGAGAGAGGUGGACAAGGUCCUGCAGAAGUUCCUGACCUACGGGCAGCACUGCGAGCAGAGCCUGGAGGAGCUGCUGCACUACGUGGGCCAGCUGCGGGCUGAGCUGGCCAGUGCAGCCCUCCAGGGGACCCCUCUGUCUGCCACCCUCUCCCUGGUGAUGUCCCAGUGCUGCCGGAAGAUCAAAGACACCGUGCAGAAGCUGGCUUCGGACCACAAGGACAUUCACAGCAGUGUCUCCCGAGUGGGCAAAGCCAUCGACAGGAACUUCGACUCCGAGAUUUGCGGUGUCGUCUCUGACGCGGUGUGGGACUCGCGGGAGAAGCAGCAGCAGAUCCUGCAGAUGGCCAUCGUGGAGCACCUGUACCAGCAGGGCAUGCUCAGUGUUGCCGAGGAGCUGUGCCAGGAAUCCACGCUGAACGUAGACCUGGACUUCAAGCAGCCUUUCCUGGAGCUGAAUCGAAUCCUGGAAGCUCUGCACGAACAAGACCUAGGGCCAGCGUUGGAGUGGGCCGUCUCCCACAGGCAGCGCCUGCUCGAGCUCAACAGCUCCCUGGAGUUCAAGCUGCACCGCCUGCACUUCAUCCGGCUCCUGGCGGGCGGCCCCGAGAAGCAGCUGGAGGCCCUCAGCUACGCCCGGCACUUUCAGCCAUUUGCACGGCUGCACCAGCGAGAGAUCCAGGUGAUGAUGGGCAGUCUGGUAUACCUGCGGCUGGGCUUGGAGAAGUCACCCUACUGCCACCUCCUGGACAACAGCCACUGGGCAGAGAUCUGUGAGACCUUCACCCGGGACGCCUGUUCCCUGCUGGGGCUCUCGGUGGAGUCGCCCCUCAGCGUCAGCUUUGCCUCUGGCUGUGUGGCGCUGCCGGUGCUGAUGAACAUCAAGGCGGUGAUCGAGCAGCGGCAGUGCACGGGGGUCUGGAGUCACAAGGAUGAGUUACCGAUCGAGAUCGAACUGGGCAUGAAGUGCUGGUACCACUCGGUGUUCGCCUGCCCUAUCCUGCGGCAGCAGACGUCGGAUUCCAACCCCCCCAUCAAGCUCAUCUGCGGCCACGUGAUCUCCCGAGACGCACUCAACAAGCUCAUUAACGGAGGAAAGCUCAAGUGUCCCUACUGUCCCAUGGAGCAGAACCCAGCUGACGGGAAACGCAUCAUAUUCUGAUACCCGCCUGGGAGGAACUUUUUCAAAAGGGGCUUUUCACACUUGAGCCUCGGACCUGUCUCGGCGGGGAUGUCUGGUGUCGGCAGACUGUGGUUCACUUCGGCACAAGUGGCCGAGUGCCACCACGGGCAGAGACCAAGGAGGGAGAUGAACCGAUCUGUGCCAGGCAGCUGGCUCCUUGACAGGACGGUAUGGAGACACUGGCCUCUGCACUCCCGCUGUUCCCGUCUGUAUCUGCCAUGGACUUAGUAGCAGCCAACAGAGAGGCAACAUGGGUGUCUUCCCAGUCCUGUCCCCAGCCAGGUUGCUCCCGGCUACGCCCGCAUGGUGUCCAUCCUCUGGCUGGACAGCCUCAUGACUGUACAUAUCCAUUUCCCACUGUAAAUAGUCCGGGUUUGAGCUGAAUGCCAUGGUUUUAUAACUGAGCAAAUAUAUUCAUAGGCCUUCUCCUUACUUCACCGACAAGGAGUCCCUGCGCGGCUCCCGCGCCAGAGAACCCACCGUCCCUCCCUGACUGGGUGGGAGCCUGGUGAUGUCUGACCCCAGGCAAGAUGCUUUCACACAAA